UAUACGGAUGCAAACACCUCACGAGCCAAAAAACAACUUCACGCCAAAUAGCCACUAACACCCAACGGCCAGCUCUGCGCAGCCACUUCCUCGGUUGUAUAUUUUCGUUUCUGUUUGCUCCGAAGCCUUUUCCGCGGCAGAUCAGCUGCCGGGCGAUGGCAGAGCGGAGGGACGCGUGGCCAGGGCCAUGCCGGCCCGCGGGGUAACAGGGUGGAAGCCCACGCGUGCAGGGAUGGGCUGUGGGUGCACCGGGGCUCAGCUCGUGCGGAGGUGGCAGCCCGCUGCAGCCGUAGCAGGGCCAUGAAAAGGCGCAGAGGACUUGUCCCUGUUUAUUUAUGGCAGGAGCCAGCCGGUGUGUCCCCGCUCUGCAGCCGGUGCCGCGACAGCGGGGCUGCCGUGCUGCUGCCGGCAAUGGGGGAUGCCAAGGGGCAAGGCGGGGGCUGCGGCCGCCGUGCCGGGGGGUAACGCAGACCCAGGCAGCCGGCGAGAGACCGCAGCCGGGCGCAGCUCCCCGGCGCCAGCCCCGGCCGCCUCCGCAGAGUGCCCCACCAAGAUGGCGAGUGCCCAUGGGGCAGAGCCCAAUGCAGAGGAUGCAGCCGAGACCCAAGAAGCCAUCUACGAGGAGAUCAUGCCCUGCAACAGGAUGGAGCUGAGCCAGCAGCUGGCCGUGGAAGAGCUCAUCACCACUGAGGCCAGCUACGUCCACAACAUCCAGCUCUGUGUGUUGGACAUCCGAGCACACCUCCAGAAGAAGCAGCUGCCUGAUCUUGACCUGGAAGGACUCUUCUCUAACACUGAUGACAUCCUCCAUGUCUCCAGACGGUUUCUGAAGGGGCUUGAGGCCACAGCCACCAAGGAGCAUGAGCAGCUGCACUGCAUCAGCACCCUGUUCCAGGAGUUCAAGGAGGAGAUGGAGACUGUCUACAAGAUCUAUUGUGCCAGCUAUGAUCAUGCCCUCCUGCUGGUGGAGAGCUACCGCAAGGACUCCAGGCUGCAGCAGGAGAUCUUGGAGACCCUGAAUGCAACAGUGCCUCACACGGGCGUGUCGGAUCUCAGCUUCUUCCUGGUGAUGCCAGUGCAGAGAAUCACCAAAUACCCACUUUUGCUGGGGAAGAUCCUGGAGAACACCCCCGCCAGUGCCAGUGCUUACCCGGCCCUGCAGGCAGCCGUCCGUGCCAUGUCCCAGGUCAAUGCCAACAUCAACGAGUACAAACGGCGCAGAGAAGUAGCCACCAAAUACAGCAAGGCCGAGCACCUGACACUGCGGGACCGCUUUGCACGCCUCAACACACACUCCAUCGCCAAGAAGACCACGCGGCUCAGCCGGCUCUUCAUGCACGAGGCCGGCAUCGUGGCCAAGACGGAGGACAAGGAGUACGACGACCUGGAAGAGAAGUUCCAGUGUGUGGUGUCCAGUGUGGCCAUGCUGAAGGAGAAUGUGGCCUCCUACCUGGGCCAUUUAGAGGUGUUCCUGUUGCCUGCUCCACACAAGUGCGAACUGCAGAUCGACGAGGGACCUGCCCAGCAGUACCGCCGCUUUGCAGAGUACCUCCACGGCACCGUUUUCCCAGAGUUUAAGCAACGACUGGACAGGCUGGUCUGCCAGCCCCUCUGCAGCCUCUCAGACAUGCUGGUGGGGCCACAGCAGCUGGUCAAGAAGCGCCUGGACAAGCUGCUGGACUACGAGGAGAUCCAAGAACGGAAGAGCGAGAUGGGCAGCGUGACAUAUGACGAGGAGGCAGCCAUGAACACCUACCUUGCCAUCAAUGCCCUGCUCGUGGCUGAGCUCCCACGGUUCAACCAGGCAACCGUGCAGCUCCUGGGGCAGAUACUGUGCUCCCUCAGUGCCCUGCAAUGGGACUUGGCUGCCCAGGUGCUGCGCCAGGCAGAAAAGGAGCUAGAGCAGAUGCCCCAUGGCCACAUGCCUCUGCCCAGUUUCUGGAAGAUGGUGGAAGACAGCUUGCAGCAGUCUGGUGCUCAGCUCCGUACCUUCUGCCAGAUGUUUGAGACAGUCGUGCCAAGCCCUGUGACACAGCCUCUGAACCCUGCUGAGGAGCGGAAGGUCCUUUCCCUUGUGAGCAAGCACGGCCCAGACAAACUUUACCAAGUGACAAGCAACAUCAGUGGCAGCAAAGACCUGGACUUGACCUUGCAAAGGGGACAGAUUGUAGCUCUGCUGCAAAGUGUGGACACUAAGGGGAACACGAGCAGAUGGCUGGUGGAUGCUGGAGGUCCCCGAGGGUUUGUGCCUGCUGGAAAACUUCAGCCCUAUUGUCCUGUACAAAGCCAGCAGCCCAGGAUGCAGAUGCCGGCCCUGGAGAGUGGCACAGAAAGGAGGCGACAUUCAUAUGCAUCACCUGAAGCUCCCAGGCCACAGAUGGCCACCUUCACCCCCACUUUCCAGGUGGUUGCCGGCUUCUCCUUCGCAGCCAGGAGUCCACAGGAGGUGAGCCUCCAGGCAGGGCAGCCCGUGGUGGUGCUGGAGCCGCAUGACAAGAAGGGGAGCAAGGAGUGGAGCUUGGUGGAGGUGAAUGGCCAGAGGGGCUAUGUGCCCUCCAGCUACCUGGUGACCGUCCCUGUGCAGGAGCCCACAGGCUGGAGCUUGCCUGUGUGAGCACAGCCAGCCCGCACCCAAGGGCACAGGCUUCGUCAGAUGAGAGCGAUCCGCUUGGCACCCAAGGACUCGUGGCAGGAGAUGCUGAAGGGCAGUAGCCCUGGGCCAGGGAGGCGGUGGGAAGCAACUGGCGGAAUAUGGCCCAGGGAACAUGGGUGUGAGGAGGGAUGGCUGUUGGGAGGCACUUUUUGGUGGGUAGGCGUGAGGAUGCCAUGUCCCAUACAUGUUUGCAUGAAGGAAGGCAGUAUGAGGGAGUGAGGGCAGGUGGCUGCAGGUUUUCAGGAAUUUGUUGAAAUCGAUGUUAGUGACAAAAGUGUCCUUAGGGGUGAUGAGACAACAUUGUCCCCAGUUAGAUCAGGACUGAGCUGCAAAGGGUAAGUGCUGCAGGGGGGGUCUUCAGCCUGGCUUGAAGCAUCUGGGGCUCUCGGAAGGGGGUUCUCGGAGCAGCACUGGUGAGAGUGCAGAGGAGCAGCCCUGGAGACGCGGUUCCCUGCUACUCGCCGGGUCACUCUGCCUACCUGGUUGCCUGCCCCUGUGUGCCAUUGCGGUCCCUUUGGCAGCACAGCCUUCACGUCCUGCUGAAGGGCAUGGCGAUGCCAGCCUGCGCCUGGCUGCACCAUCAGUGAUGGGAGAGUGUGGGGCUGAGGCCCACGGGCCGGGGUCCUCCCAGGCCCUCCUGGCCACGCAGCCCCACUCCCGGCCUCGGUUUCCCCCCGCAGCGGGGCUGAUGCUACUGACCCACGUGAGAGGCGCUGAGCUGUGGUGACCAGAAGCGCUCUGUAACACCGCCGAUGCUGUUCUGUGUGACGGACUGAUGCGCUGGCGUUGUCGUGUGUGACACCGCCGGCCUGCGCCAGGCGUGCUGACGGGCUCGGCGCCCCGCGCGGGGCUGCGCCGCGGCCGCCAGGUGGCAGAGGCACCGCGUGUGCCGG